UCUGUUGGUCUUUUCUUGAUCUUCCAGGAGAUCUGUCCUUCUAUAGACGUGACACGAGACUGUGUGAGUGUGUGUGUGUGUGUGCGCGCGCAUGCCUGAGGAAAAACAGCUGAGGGUGUGAGGGAGUGGGUGUGUUGCCUUCCCCAGUCUGAGUAUCUCACUGCCCUGGACAUGAUGGGGCCAAGGCGGAAGUCUACCAAAACGCAGAGCUUGGGAGGGGGACUACACAACCCUGUCAAACCAGAGGAACCCAAGGAUUACAUCAACGAACUCUCCCAUGAGGUCCUCUGCCACAUAUUCCGUUACCUGCCCAUGCAGGACAUUAUGUGUAUGGAGUGUUUGUCUCGUAAACUGCGUGAGGCGGUGACGCUGUACCUGCGCGUGGUGAAGGUGGUGGACCUGUGUGCAGGCCGCUGGUGGGAGUAUAUGCCAUCAGGGUUCACAGACUCCAGCUUUCUCAUGCUGUUAAAGAAGAUGCCGGACUUGGAGCAGCUGUAUGGCCUCCAUCCACGCUACCUGGAGAGAAGGAGAGUCAGGGGCUACGAAGCUUUCAGUAUACCUGGUGUUCUGGAGGCCCUGCAGGCCUGUCCAAACCUGCUGGGGGUGGAGACGUCUCACCUGGAGCUGGUGGAGGCUAUUUGGAACUACAUGCCUCAGGUCCACAUCUUAGGGAAGUUUAGGAACCGGAAUGGGGCUUUUCCCAUUCCUCCAGAGAACAAACUCACUAUUCCCGUCGCAGCUAAAAUCCAGACUCUGCAUCUCGUUGGGGUGAACGUGCCAGAGAUCCCGUGUAUAUCAAUGCUACGGCACCUGUACCUGAAAUGGGUUCGUCUCACCAGGCCGCAGCCCUUCAAAGACUUUCUGUGCGUGAGUCUGCGAACGUUCGUCAUGAGAAACUGCGCCGGCCCCACAAACUCCUUGAAGUAUGUUCCCUUGGUAACGGGACUGGCCUCCGCCCGUAACUUGGAGCAGCUGGAGCUGGUUAGGGUGCCUUUCCUGGGGGGACUUAUUCAGCACGUGGUGGAGGACAGCUGGAGGUCAGGUGAGAAGAGCCCUGUGAAUCUGCCCCAGCACGGAUGAGGGGUGGGGAGGGUGUUAAGGCCGGGGCACUGGCCCGGGGAGGGAUGGCCCGCUGCCUGGAGGAGUGUUUUCGCAGGGGGUUUUCGUAAUUUGCACACGAUCGUAUUUGGUGCCUGUAAAAACGCGCUUGAAGUCGACCUGGGCUAUCUCAUCAUCACCGCUGCACGGAGGUUGCACGAGGUCCGGAUCCAGCCUUCCCUAACCAAAGAUGGAGUAUUCUCCGCGCUGAAGAUGGCGGAACUGGAGUUCCCCCAGUUUGAGACGUUGCACCUCGGAUACGUCGACGAGUUUCUGUUACAGUGUAAGAUGAGCCAUACGGAGCUGGUGAAGUACGGCCUGGCUGACGUGAUCGAGAACCCCGGGAUCAUUACUGACAUCGGGAUGAAGGCGGUGAAUGAAGUCUUCCCCUCCAUAAAAUACCUGGUCAUUUACAACUGCCCACAUCUGCACAAUCCACAUAGCUGGGUCACAGAUCACUCUCGCUGGAGCCGGUUGGUGGACCUGACACUGGUUCGCUGUCACGCCAUUAAACUGGAGUCUUUCAGCCAGUUCAUCGAGAUGCUGCCCAGCCUGGAGUUCAUCUCUCUGGACCAGAUGUUUCGUGAGCCGCCCAAGGGCUGCGCUCGCGUGGGCCUCAGCGCGGGUACUGGAAUAGGGGUGUCCUCCGCUCUGGUCAGCAACCAAAACUCCAACAAUGACAACGACAAUAACAACAACAACAAUCAUCAGAACAACAACAACAACAACAAUGACGCAAACAUCCAGCCACCAAACAACAACAACAACAACGCUCAGGUGGAAAAUGCACCCCAACAACCACCACGCCAGCCCGAAGAGAUGAAUGAAGCGGAGAGGGUGGAGCCAGAGAAUAUGGAGGCGGAGCCAGUGGUUGUAGCUGCCAGUCAGGAGGCGGAGUCCCAGCAUCCCAGUCAGGCCAGUACCCAGGCAGUGGACAUGGAUGAAGAGCAAGCAGGUCCCAGCGGAGUACAGUCGGCAGUGAAGACGCAGCCUGUGGUGAUGUCGGAUUCGGACAGCGAGGAGGAUGAUGGUCCAGUCAGGUCCCAGCUCGGCUACGCUGAUGAAGCAGAGACACGGGAGAAGAAGGAGCCCACACAGGACUGAUUACGUUUGACUGUCGUAACAGGUAAAGGGAAAACGCCCCUGCGUCGGCGAGGGGCCCCGCCCCAGGAGGCGAGCUGCGAGAAGGCGUGUCAGGUGACCAGCGAGCAGAUCAAAGCCGACAUGAAGGCCGCCACCGAGAACCCUGAGCGUGGGACCAGAGACGGCACCGGGGGGGGCGGGGGCUGCACCACGGGGGGGUGCGUCUGCUCCAUCCGAUGGAGGGAAGACUCGGCCAAUCAGGAGGAGCAGGGCGGGGCGGCGGGAGGAGGGGAGGGGACGGUGAGGGCUCGAUGCACCUGCAGCCGAGCUCGCCAAGGCCCAGAGGGCAGGACUCGAGUAGGGCUGAAUCAGCCACCAGGGGGCGAUAGCGGAAGGGUCGUACGACCUGGCUCUGAGGAGACAAGCAGGGAGGAGGGGCGGACAGAAGCCCCGCCCAGGACUCAGGGAUCGUCUGAGAGACACAACGAGAGGGUUCCGGGGUCAGUACCGGAACCGAGUGCGGGAGCGGAACCCGCACACAGGAACUCCAGGGACGGGUUUCCUAGGCGACCGGUGACGCGCGCACGCAGCAGGCUGUCCUCGGUUCCGCUGAUGAGCGAGUCCGAGUUGUCGAAACCCAAACCCCGCCUGGCAGUGAAGAGGAAACGCACAGCAGAUAAAUCCACCAGCACCAGUGACCCCGUGACAGAGGACGAUCACGUUCAGGUGCUGACUUUGAAAUCCAAAAACCUUGUGGGAAUCACACUGACAAACUGCGGCAUUACGGACUUGGUGCUCAAAGACUGCCCCAAAAUGAUGUUCGUCCACGCGACACGCUGCAGGGUAUUGAAGCACCUGAAGGUGGAGAGCGCUCCCAUUGUGAACCGGUUUGACUACGCCCAGUGUAAGAAACUGGACAUGGAGCAGGUUCUGGACCAGAUCCUGCGAAUGCCGCCGGAGAGAAACCGCAUCAUCUACAUGAGGCCCAUGCAGCAGAUUGACUCCCUGGCCCUGGAGAAGAGGCUGUUCAGUGGACCGUACCCUUAUCACAUCGGCAUCAUCCACGAGUUCAGCAACCCCCCCAACGUCAGGAACAAAGUACGCGUGAGGAGCUGGAUGGACACCAUCGCCAACAUCAGCCAAGAACUCAUCAAGUACGAGUUCUUCCCUGAGGCCACACGGACAGAAGAGGAUGUUAAGAAGUAUCCCAACUACCCCUGGGGGCGAGACAUCUACACUUUAGAGGGAGUAGUGGACGGUGCUCCUUACUCCAUGAUCACCGACUUCCCGUGGCUGCGUUCUCUCCGCACCUCCCCACCCAACGGCUACGCCCGUUAUGACUUCGAGGACGACGAGAGCACCACUAUCUACGCCCCGCGGCGUAAGGGCCAGCUGUCCGCCGACAUCUGCAUGGAGACCGUCGGCGAGGAGAUCUCGGAACGCCGGCAGACGCGACGGGGCGUGUUCCAGCGCGUGGUGGUCGUUUUCAUCCACUACUGCGACACGCGCGGCGAGCCCGUGGACGACGAUUACAUUUAACACGCUCGUGCCGACGCCCAGAGAACGGAGAGACGCGUGAGGGAGCUUGGGAGGCCGUGCCCUCUGACCUGUGCCAGGCUCUGAGAGCACUGGAGGUCAUUUGGAGAAGGUCACUGCGGUGGACAGUGACGUUCUGAGUUGCCUUUACCUUUGACACGCAGGCUUGGCGUAACGGAGAGACUACUGAGAGAGAGGGGGUGACAGUGAGGUCCUUAAUGCCUGGCCUGCUGAAAAACGAGAGCUGUCUAAGGGAGCGGCUUGUGCUGGAUUACAGGAGUUGGAUAUUGCAGGUUGGCCUGCCGCGCACUGAUGUGGUACACUUUCUGUUAAA